AUGGAAGAUAUUGUAAUUAAUGAAUUGCCACUUUUAAAGUUGGCCAUUGCAUACUUUACAAUUGUGGAAAUUGGUGAAUUGGCGAGGCCUAGAGAUAGAGAGAGAGAGAGAGCGGGAGGGAAGAGAAGAUCAAAAGGCGGCAACGCGAAAACCAUUACGAACAUUUUUUUGGAGCCCAAAGCCGCGGUGGGGCGAAGGCCCUCCCUCCCUCCAGAGGACCGGCGGCCGCCCUCCGCCUCCGCCGCGCCGCCCGCCGCCCGCCGCGGCGCCCUCCGCCUUCGUCCUCUCGCGCGGGCGCGGGGGGGGGCGCAGGCGGGCGCCGUUCCGCUCUCCUCCGAUCAGUUCGCGGCCGCCCGUGCUCUCCUUCCCCCCCUUACUCUGUCCUCCGCGAGGAUGUUCGAACUCGACGCGCCCCGCGAGCGGGCGGGUGCUCGCAACCCUAGGUGGCCGCUUCCAGUUCGAUCGGCCGGCCGCCCUUCCCGCCCGGUGUUUUCUCGCGGUUGCAUUGUGUGGGCUUUGGGGGGCGGGGGGGGGGGGGGGGAGCGGGUGGAAGAGCGUAGGGUCCCCCUGAGGAGUCGAGGCGGCGGAGGGGCGAUCGGCGAUUGGAAGAAGUGCGGCGUGGUCAGUUCGUCCAGGGGAUUACAAGUGGUCGUCAGUUCUUGAUGUACAUGCCAGGCGGAUAGCAGAAAAAGAGAAUCAGUUGCAUCCUUAUUUGUGGUCUUCGAUUAUGCCAUGAUGGUGUUGCGUGUUGUUCAGUCUGCCACUUGAAUGAUGCAGACUGUUUGGCAAGAAUUUGGUAAGGAAAAGGAUUCUAGGAUUGGAAGUGGUUCUCUAUGCAUAUGGUCAGAAAGGAUUCGCGAGCUUAUUUAUGGAAUCAAGGAACUUUUUUUCUCAUGCCCACAAGGCUGUUUGUUGAUUCUCUUUCUACCUGCUCUCAUGGAUGAGUUUCUUCUGCAUUCUCUUCUUCGAUGGAUUUGUUGAUCUUUCGCAUUUAAGUGUUGCUAAGAUGGUACUUGUAUGGCUUCUGGCUACUUUUAUUGCCAUUAUGAUUUGUACCAUUUUUCCACCGUUUAGAGUGGAAAUAUUAACAUCACAAGCAAAUAUCUUCUUUCUUGAUUUAGAUUAAA